UGCACCACUCCCUUUUUUUUUUUACUGUUACACCAACUCCUCCUGCCACUCUUUUUCUUACUCCCGUUGCGCCACUAGCUAGCUCUCUUCACUCUCCAGUGCUCACUCGGGUCACUCCGCUGCGGACGCGAGAUGCAGCAAGCGAAGGCGGCGGAGCAGCAGCGGCGCGGCGGCGGCGGCCACCUGCGGCAGCGGCUGCUGGGCAUCGCGUCGGACCUGCCGGUGCACAAGCUCCAGCUCGCCGCCACCCCGGCCGCGGCGUCGCUGCUCCCGGCGCUCGCCGUCGCCGCGCUCCUCCUCCUCCUCGCCGCCGCGCGCCGCGCGCCGGCCUCGUCCUUCCUCGACGCCUACCGCUCCGGCGUCGAUAUAGUCUCGACACCGUCGACACCCCCUCGGGGCGCCGCCGCCGCGGCCGCCGCGCGGGUGCCCCGCGGGUGCGACAUCUUCCGGCCGGGCGAGUGGGUCCCCGACGACGACGCGCCCUACUACACUAACCUGACCUGCCCGCUCAUCCAGGAGCACCAGAACUGCAUGAAGUACGGGCGGCCCGACACCGGGUUCCUAAGGUGGCGGUGGCGGCCGGCGGGGUGCGAGCUCCCGCGGUUCGACGCGGCCGCGUUCCUCGACGCCGUCAGGGACACGUCCAUGGCCUUCGUCGGGGACUCGCUCGCCAGGAACCACAUGCAGUCGCUCAUGUGCCUCCUGUCCAAGGUGGCAUACCCCAAGGACAUCUCCAAGACGACGCACCCGGAGUUCAGGACGAUGCACUACGAGUCCCACAACUUCACGGUGGCCAUCUUCUGGUCGCCGUUCCUGGUCCGGGGCUACCAGCCGGACCCCCGGCGGCACAUGUGGGACAUCCACCUGGACGAGCCGGACGCCGCCUGGGCCUCCGGGAUCGCGGGCUUCGACCGCGUCGUCCUCUCGGCGGCCAACUGGUUCACCCGCCCCGCCAUGUUCUACGAGUCCGGCCGCGUGGUGGGCUGCCACUACUGCCUCGCCCCGGGCGUCCCGGACCUGACGCACAGGCACUCGCUGCGCAUGGCGUUCCGGGCGGCGCUCCGGGUCCUCGUCGCGGGGUUCAACGGGACGGUGAUCGUGCGGACACUGUCGCCGACGUCGCACUUCGAGGGCGGCGCGUGGGACCGCGGCGGCGACUGCCGGCGGACGCGGCCGCUUACGGCGGGGGAGGUGCGGAUGGGCGGGCUGGACCUGGACUACCACACGGCGCAGGUGGAGGAGUUCGCCAGGGCCAAGGCGGAGGUGGAGGCGUCCGGCUCCGGCGGGAGGGGGCCGAGGCUGGUGCUGAUGGACACGACGCCGGCGAUGGUGCUCCGGCCGGACGGGCACCCGAGCCGGUACGGGCACUGGGCGCACGAGAACGUGACGCUGUACAACGACUGCGUCCACUGGUGCCUGCCGGGACCCAUCGACGCCUGGAACGAGAUGUUGCUCCAGAUGCUCCUGCCGGAUCAUCCGUCCUGAUUGAUUUCACGCGGCAUCACAUCGCUGCUGCGGUCCGUGUGCUUCUUCUCCGUUCCUGAUUGAUCCAAACUAAUUGAGCAUCCAAAGAAUAGAUGCACAUCCGUUCUUGACAUAGAGAAGGAUUAGCAAAGCCAAGCGUGUCUGAUAAGAGAUAACAUAUCCUACUUCACGACUUAAACUCUGAACUUGCUUAAAAA